AUGAAAGCCAGCAGAGACGUCAAUCUCAACGGUAACUUCUCACUCGCACAAAAGCCCCACGAACCCGAGGACGGCCGGGACACACCACGGGCAGCAGGCUGGCACAAGGCAGCGGACAACGCCAGGAUCGGGAACGACACCACCACUCAGCCUCAGGCACCUGAGAGAACCAACCGGGAGCGUUCCGGGAGCACCGCAAGAGGGCAGAGCGCGAGGCGCGGUUUUUCACACCACACAGCACGGGCAAGCACGGAGCACCGACCCUCCCUCUCCGCGGAGAGAGCCGACCCCCGUGCCGAUAACGAGUCACGGGAAGAGAGGAGCAAGAUCAGGGCGCCCCCCUCCUCCAGCGUGUACAAGUCCCCGACCUCACGGCGAGGGCAGGGAGAGCGCAGCCGGGCCCGGUUGCCGCACCCCCGCUUCCCCGCACACCACCGGCGCCGGCACGGUGGGACGGGUCGUCAGGCAGGGGCGACAACUCGCUGGCGACAGGGACCUCUCGGAAACCACAUCAGGGACACCUGUCCCCAACACGUCCCCAACAGAGCCCAGACACGGAACUCUCAGGGACAGCUGGUCGACCACAUAAGGCGAAGACAGACGAAGAGCCAGGGCGGGAGCGGGGUCAAGGGACGCUCCCGCCCCACUACCUCGCAGGCACACACCCCGGGUGUGCACGGGCUCACCGCACGGGCGGGGGGGGGGGUCCGAGUCCGGGCCGGGACCGGCCCCACCACCUAUCGGCUCACCCGGGGACCCUCUCCCCCGACUCCCGAGACGUCCCUCGUACUCUCCUUUUUUCGCCCUCAAAGACCAGAGUCCAGGGAGGGGAGGAGGACAAGGCGUCGGGCCCAGACAGAACUACUGGUCGACCCGACAAAGCUGCCACCCCCCGCACAGACCGGGCACCGAAGAGAGAGCGGCGACGCACGGCCCCACCCCGCGCUCGCCUGCGGGCGCAAAGUCCGACAGAACAGCCGCCCCGGCGCCACAGCGACACCACGGCGACAGUCGCGCCCGGCACCCGGCAGAGGCCGGGCCUCCGCCCGGCUCGCUGCCGCCAGACCUCCUCCUCCUCCACUCGCUCGCUCGGCUGAGAACGAGGGGACUGUCAUAUCAAAGCGGACGCCAGGGGGAGCACGACAACCGCCUUCCAACGACCGACUCCACCGAGCCGCCGUACCCCGGAUCGGCGCGCGCCGGCCGGCUCUGAGCUCCGGAGACACAGAACACGGAAACAAAUCGCCUCACUCACCACCGCCACGCACCGAGUGGCACAACCUAGGUCAGGACCUGCAGCCGGGUCCUCUCUGCGACCUCACGAACGACACCAGAGCCACCAGAGACCUAGACCGAGAUCGAGCCGCCGCCGCCGCCGCCGCCGCCGCCGCCGCCGCCGCCGCCGCCGCCGCCGCCAGCGACCAAAGUGAAACCAGGAACCAGGACGAGAUUCGCCCGAACGGAGCGGCCCGAACCCGAGAACCGGGAAGCUGGGAUCGGUCCCAAGCAGGAAGGGGCGGCAAAGACGGCAGGCCCGCACCACGAGAGAAAACGAACCGGCCACCCGCACGACCUCCGCCGCCCGUGGCAAGACCCCCACCCCCGCCCAACAUGGCCAGAAAAGGGCAAAUGGAAACCAGAAAGAGAAAAAAAAAAAAAAAAAACUCCCAAAGAUGGGUCGGCUCCAGCAAGAGACGAGCCGUCGGGAGGCACCCCGCUCACUUGUGAAAGUCCGCUCCUCGC